CCUAGACUAGGGGCGGGGCGUCCCUCAGUCCGGUUCCCCCUUCCUUUUAUUAUUUAUUAUCAUUUAAAGGGGCCGCGACCUGAAAAUUUCCGUCCCUCUGUCGCAGCUUUCCAGCUGCCCUCCACCUCCUCCCAUCGUGGGCGUCCGUAAAUUGAGUUGGAGUGGGGAACCCGGGGAGGUCUUGGGAAAGCUUGGAAAGGGGGACCUUGGAGAGACACCCACCACCUUCUCCUGAGUCCCCGGGGCUGCUGAAUCACCGGCGAGGAGUCUACAAACACUUGAAUGAGCCCGACACCAGCUUCUGCCCCUGAGUGCCCAACGUGACAGCAAGGAGCUCUUUGGUAGCCCCUGGCAUGCCCCACUUCCCCUCAGCCUGAGUCGGCGGCCCCUGGUCCUGCCCCUGCCGGCCGCCACCCUGCACUGUCCCGGCUCCCCCGAGGUUCCCACGCUGCGGUGCAGCCAAGACCCUUCCCCACAGGGGCCACCCCCACCACCCGCCCCUGGUGCCCGGGGUGGCCCGGCCCGUAGGGCCAUGAAGCUGCAGGCUGUGAUGGAAACCCUCAUUCAGAGGCAACAGCGAGCCCGGCAGGAACUGGAGGCCCGGCAGCCGCCGCCACCCCCACCACCCGAGCCCACUGGUAUCCGGGCUCGGACCACCGAGACGGAUGAGGACAGGGAGCCUGAGAAUGCCCGAAUGCAUAGGACGCAGAUGGCUGCACUGGCUGCCAUGCGGGCCGCUGCUGCUGGCUUGGGACAUCCAUCCUCUCCUGGUGGCUCUGAGGAUGGGCCUCCUGGCUCCGAAGAUGAAGACACAGCCCAGGAAGGGACUCUGGGUUCACCUGUCCUGCGUGGACGAGGCCGGGAGGGACACACGGAAGGAGAGGCGCAUCUGUUAGACAUGGACUCCGAUGAUGACGCGAAGCCCAAGUGGGAAGAACAAGACUUGGAAGAACUAGGAGAGGAGGAGGAAGAAGAGGAGGAGGAGGAAGAUGACUUUGAGGAGGAGGAGGAGGAGGAGGGCCUGGGCCCGCCAGGGUCGGCCAGCCUGGGCUCCGCAGGCUUAUUUGCCCACAAGGCCCAGCCAGCUCAGGCUUUCCGUGGAGAUGGUGGUCCCAGGAUGCUGGGUGGCCCUGAGCGCCUGGGACCCGGCCCGGCCCACCCCACCCACACAGCAUCCCAGAUGCCACCGCCAGACCACGGAGACUGGACGUUUGAGGAGCAGUUCAAACAGCUCUAUGAACUGGACGGAGACCCCAAGAGGAAGGAGUUCCUGGAUGACCUCUUCAGCUUCAUGCAGAAACGGGGCACACCAGUGAACCGGAUCCCCAUCAUGGCCAAGCAGGUCCUGGACCUGUUUAUGUUGUACGUGUUGGUGACUGAGAAGGGCGGCCUUGUGGAGGUCAUCAACAAGAAACUGUGGCGGGAGAUCACCAAGGGGCUCAACCUGCCUACCUCCAUUACCAGUGCUGCCUUCACACUGCGGACACAGUACAUGAAGUAUCUUUACCCCUAUGAGUGUGAGCGACGAGGCCUUAGCAGCCCCAAUGAGCUCCAGGCCGCCAUAGACAGCAACCGCAGGGAGGGCCGGCGCCAGAGUUUUGGGGGCUCACUUUUCGCCUAUUCACCCAGUGGAGCCCACAGCAUGCUAUCCUCACCCAAGCUACCAGUAACUUCUCUGGGCCUUGCCGCCAGCACCAAUGGCAGCUCCAUCACCCCAGCACCCAAGAUCAAGAAAGAGGAAGACUCCACCGUUCCCAUCACAGUCCCCGGCCGCCUCCCUGUGUCUCUGGCAGGCCACCCCGUGGUGGCAGCUCAGGCCGCUGCCGUGCAAGCGGCCGCAGCCCAGGCAGCUGUUGCAGCCCAGGCAGCCGCCCUGGAGCAGCUCCGGGAGAAGCUGGAAUCCACUGAGCCUCCAGAGAAGAAGAUGGCCCUGGUGGCCGACGAGCAACAGCGUCUCAUGCAGCGAGCUCUUCAGCAGAACUUCCUGGCCAUGACGGCCCAGCUGCCCAUGAACAUCCGGAUCAAUAGCCAAGCCUCCGAGAGCCGCCAGGACUCAGUUGUGAGCCUCACCAGCGCCAACGGCAGCAACAGUAUUAGCAUGUCAGUGGAGAUGAAUGGUAUCGUGUACACAGGAGUUCUGUUUGCUCAACCACCGCCCCCCACACCACCUUCUGCCCCCAGCAAAGGUGGCAUUACCGGCAUCGGUACCAACAACGCCGUGGGUAGCCGAACAGGAGCCAGUGGCGGGACCAGCAGCGGCCAGGUGGGGCUGGCCGGGGCGUCUGCGCCCCCCACAUCUUCUACCUCAAAUAAUUCCUUGCCUUAAAGGAAAUCAAGUUGUACUGCUUGCCCACCCGCCAUGGAGACCACAUAGCCACACUGGGACCUGGAACAUCGUAAGAAUUCCAGCGGGCCGGGCAGAUUCCCAAGGAGCCACACUGACGCCAAAAAGGAGAAAAAAAAUUAUAUAUAUACAUAUAGAGAGAGCUAGAUAGAUAGAGAAACAGAUUUAAUAAAUCAGGGCAAAGAACACUUGAAUCUCUCAGGUUUUAGAGACUUUGAGAAACGGAUUUCACAAGGGCCACCAAGGCCCCUCAAAGCUGAAUGAAGGAGGCCACCUUUCCAGAGGCUUCCAUGGGGUCCGGCUUGACCAACCUAGUUCAAGCAUGUCUGUUUACCUCAUGAGUCCCCGCACUGUGCCCUCUCUCUCUCCUUCUGGGAAGGCCGGGAUGGCGGUUUGCUUCAUUCUCCUUGGAAGCUAUGAAUUUUUUUUUUUUUAAACGAGAUCUCAACAUUCAGAUGCAAUUUUUUUUUUAAGGUUUUGGGGUUUCCAAUUUUGUAAAUAUUCUAUUAUAUUCUUGAGGGCAGGGAUUGGAUUUUAGGAAGAGUCCUAUCUGUAUAUCUAUAUAUUUGUGUUCAUUCAGGGAAAAGGACAAUUUUUUUUUUUUAAGCAAAAGUACCAGCCAUGGCCCCCAGCCCCUGUCACCACAGAGCCCCCGCGGUAUCCUGUGGUAGAGUCAGGCAGUGCUGGCUCUCAGCGAAUUCCACAAUUCUCUCUAGUCAUGCUGGGCCCUGCCCACUGGCUCCAUCAUUCAGGGACCUGGAUUGCUUACCCAGGACACGAAAUCUAGAAACGGGUAGGGGGGGGCAGCACACGGAAUGCAGUGGCCUCCUGUAUCUCAGGGAUGAAGAUCUGGACUCUGGAUGGGUCGCUUCUAGAGGAGAUGGGGUGCACCAGGCCCAGCUCAGGGCAAGGAUUCUUGCUGAGACACACACAGUGCCUCCUCCUGUCUGUAUGACCCUCCCCUCCCUCUGCUGCUGGGACAGCAGUUGAAUGUGACCAGGAAGGAUCCUGGUCUGGUGUCUCCAUACCACAGUUUAGCUAAGCUGAGCCCGGUGGCAGGCAUCGGCAUCGUCACGCUGGCUCCUGGGAGGGUGAGGCAGGAGGAUGAGAGUUCAAGGUGAUAUCCUUGGCUGCAAGUGCAGGUUGAGGCUGACCUGGGCUAUUUGAAACCCUGUCUCAACAAAGCAAAGUAUGAUGAGGCCAGGGGCAGUGGCCACACCUACUCCAGCCCUCUGUGAGUAGGCCAGCCUGGACGAUACAGUGGAUUCCAAACCGCGAGAACCUGUCUCAAAAAGAAAGAAAAGAAAAUUGCAUCUCGUUUUAUCUGGAACCACCAGGGCAGAAAUGAUGUAAUCUCCCGCUGGAUUGGGGGACCUUUCCUGGACUCUGCUCUGGUCACUGUCCCCAAGGGAGCUGGGACAGGACCAUCUGGUGGCAAGAGCUGGGCCCUGCUUGUCCCUCAGCCCCAGGAUCCUGGAUCCCCUGUCACCCCACUUCUAUGUCUUGACUGUGGGGAGCAAACCCUCUUCUUUCCUGUCUCAGGGUUGUUGACACCCCUCCCAUCCUUCCAGGAGGGACGCCUUGCUCCGAGGGGAGGGGAAAUCUCAACUUUUCCUUCUGGAAGCUUCUGCCUGCCCCGUUUUGGGGCCACUGUUAGCCGCACAAUCAUUCCUGGUCACAGUGUUGAGGGGUUUGUCCCCUUCUGACAACUCUGUGCAAAGUCAGCCUCCGUCCGUGAGUACCUGGCUUGGGGAGACGGGGGCCCAGCCUCCUGUGUCCCUGGUGGGGUCUGAUCGAGGGGGUCGCCUUGUGGGCACAUCCAAGGCAUGUUUCUACCUCAGGUCUUUUGAUGCCAAAAAGAAAAAAAAAUGCAGCCGAGUCACCCACUUUUCUGACCACCUGCGCGAGUCCACAGUGAGGACCAGUGUCCUGAUGUGCACUUGUGUCUGGGUCUGUGAGUGGCCAGAAAGCACCCAAUCCUAACUCAGGGGGCCUUGCCCACCAGGGCUGUGUGAUUGUAGGGGCGUAUCCUCUGCUGGACACUCUCGGUGACCCUCCAUGGUCAGGUCUGUGCCUCAGUUGCCCCACCCGGCCCUUGGCAGGAGGUACAGUUGGCACUUGUUAUGCAAGCUGGAGUGUGGGCAGGGCUGGACAUGGUCACUGUCCACCUAGCACCUCAGGGCGAAGAGGGGGGUGUAAGGGCAGGCAUAGGCUGCUUCUAGAACCUUCCCAGGGACAGGCUGUUUCUACAACUUUCCUGGUGGCCCUUCUGCUGGCCACCAGGCUGUCUGUCUGUCCAGCUGCAGUGGGUGGGUGGGCAUGGGGCUUGGGGACAGCUGGGUUCGUGUUUUCUGAGAGUUAUACAUCUGUAUAGUCUUGUGGGGUUUUUUUUCCUUUUUUUUUUUGUAUCAUUUUUACACACUUCUUUUUUUUUUCCCACACCCCCACAUAAUUUUGGCUUUUGUGAAUUUAAGUUUCCUUCUGGGUGAAGGUGAACUGAACCUGCUUGUUCAGAACAUGUGAACUUUUUGGUUUCUUGGGGUGGGAACGACUUGUCUGACAGUGUGGGGUCCUACACCAACUCAGGUAAAAUGAAAAAAAAAAGUGGAUUAAAAAAAUAAAAGAAAAAGUUAAAACUGCUUUCUACCUCUCACGCCAGACUGUGACCUGCGGUGGCCACAGCUGUGCGGGAUAUUCAGGAAAGUUUCCGCCAGGCUGGCCUGCUGUGGCCACAACUGUGCAGGAUAUUCAGGAAAGUUCAGCUAUUACCAGGAAAACUCAAACAUAGCAACAGCAAAGGAAGUGUGAUUUUUGAAAUUAUUAAAAGAAAAAUACCACUGAAAGUUUACAUUUUAUGACCUUAUUGUGGAUUGUAUUUAAACCUCAGAAAUAUUUAACGAGAUUGUAACCCUGUGAACUGGUAAGAUUAAAAGAGUUCAGACACCUCUGUGGAA